AAUGGGAGCAGGCAGGCAGGAGAGACAUCUGCUUUGCUUUUAAUGGGUAUCACAAAUGUUUCAGUAAUUCCACUCCAUCUGAAACUUCCCUCCCCUUCAGCACACUCCCAAAUUGCAGCAAAGGAAUGACUCUUUGCCUUGCAGAGCGUUGGUAUUUUCCCCAGCUAAGAGGUUCGGAAAGAUUCCUCCUGAGUGCUUGCAUCAUGGAAGCUAGCAGUCAAUCCAGCAGUCAACAGAUUCUGUGGAAAGAUGUUGAGAUGGUAAAGGAGAAGAAGGCCAAGUACCACACCUACCAGCGAGUGGCGCUGGCUCUGGCCUUGGUCUUCCUUGUUUUGGCUCUCUGUGUUUUCAGCCUGAGGUAUCUGUGGAGCCCCAGUCUGGGGAAGGUGUAUGACCACCAGUACAAAGCCGUGUUGGAUGGCGUAGAGACAGAAAGUAUUUUGGAGAUUGACCCAGGUCAGCGCAUUGAGAUCUUCAGAAUGGGAAACGGGAGCGAGGAGGUACUCGAGGUACACGACUUCAAAAAUGGAAUCACUGGGAUCCGCUUUGCCAAACAUCAGAGGUGCUACAUCAGGACCCAAACUAGGAAACUACCCACGGUGGCAGAGGUGGAGGCUGAGGACACGGAGUUACUGGUGGAUGAGACUGAGGCCAUGGACAUGAAGGUGGAGGACUCCCAAGUGUGGAUUCCUGCGGAGGAGCCCAUCGUUAAUCCAGCCUUCCUCCUUGACUCCAAGAUCUGGGAGAUUUGCCAGGAGCUGCCCAUCCACUGGAUUCAUCCCUCCCCCCUGAGUGAUGUGGAGGAGGGAAACGUUGACACACCUGACGCAGAGGUCACAGGUCAGCGAUUCACCCGUGAUGUCGAGGACCACGUCGCCGUCAACGACUAUAGAGACGUUGGAAUCGAGCUGGAUAACCGUCUGGAUGACCGCGGCUACUGCUGCCAGCACUGUCGCCGUGGUUACCGCUUCUGCCGUCGCUACUUCGAGCCCCUGGGUGGCUUCAACCCGUGGCCAUACUACUACCAAGGAGGCCGGGUCAUCUGUCAGGUCGUCAUGCCAUGCAACUGGUGGAUCGCCCGUAUGCUGGGGAGGAUCUGAGGACAGUGUGCAUCUGUCUGGGAUUCAAACUGUUGAUGUCAUUGUAGGUGCAAAUUCUCCUUUUGAUAAAUAUUCCAGACCCGGUGUGAGACCAAAGCAGCCAAUUACACACAUAAUUAUUAUCCAAUUUAGCCCAUUGAGUAUUAGCCAUUCUAAACAGUCUAAAUGGCAUUUAAAGUGUUGAGAUUGUUUCUUAAAAGUCACUAAUCAUUUACAACUGUCUAAUUUUCUUUGCUUAUCCACCUGAUUGGUUUUCUUGCUUGACCCUGUUAAAUUAAUGCAAUUUAGUUUGAAAGAUGUCACCAGAAACUAAUGUGCCCUAAGAAAAAAAAAUACUUGAGUAUUGUCUGUCCUUACUUUGUUGUGCUUCAUUUAUUCUACUUUAUAGGUUCAAAGGAGUUGUUCUUCAUGUACUGUAGUGUUUUGUUUUUCUUGCUUAUAUAAGUAUCAGACAAACCUGUCCCUAUAAGUGUCACAGUGACACAAUAUACAAACUUGCUUAAGUCACACAGCACUUCUUUGAUGCUCACCCAAAACUAAAAUAAACUACGACACCAUGAGACAUCAGAUAUAAAAUAUGAUAUUACACAUACACACUAGAAGAAAGCUAUAUGCAACUUCAAGACUAAACCAGGAAAACAGGCAAAAAAAAACAAGACAAAGAAAAAAACAGAUAAUAAUAGUAACUUGCUGAAGCUUGUAUUAUAAGAAUUAUUCUCAGUUUUUGGUAUCAUGUCAAACUAAGGAGGUACAGUAUAAUUAAAGAUGCACAGACCUCAGCUGUCUUUUGUGAUGCACUCACUGUUGUGUUAUCCUCCAUUGUGUUCACUGUUGUUGCAGUCCACAGAACGCUUUAAAUAGUGCUCCAGUUCAAACAGACCCUCCUCUGCCGAGGCGAUUUUAAUCUGUAACACCACAUCUCAAUCUGUCGAGCUGAAACAACUCUCAUCUGUAACUAACAGAUAAGCAAGCGCGAUAGGCAUUUGUAAUUGAUGUUCUGUCAUCAGAAUAACAAGGUGCAUAAAUGCCCGAGAGUAUUCGAGCUAUGCGAGAUAUUCAAAAGUUAAACAGAGAGACAAAAAUGGAGCGCUCCUGUCAUACUUUGCUUUGAAGUCUUGUGUUUUCUUUCUCUUUCCUGAUUUUUUUCCAAUUAAAAUUUCAUUGUAUGAAUAAUCUCAGUUGUCCUAUCAUACGAAACAAUAACAUUUCCUUGAGAGAAACUUAACGCCCUGGGGUGUUAGUAUGAAAUGUUUGAAUCUGACUCACGCAAUGAAUAGACAGAUCUUCUCUAUUCUCCAUUAGUCCCAUUGCUCAUUAGCAGAAACAUUUAGUAUCAAAUUAAAAAGAGUCUUGACAAGAAAAAGAUAUAUAGGCUUUCAUUGUUUCCAUUUAAUAACCUGAGGCUGUCUUAAGUAUCUAAUGCAUAAUAAAUCUUUGUUUACGGUGAUAUGAAA